GCUUUGAGCAGAGGGACUGACGCGCUCAGGAUGUUGCUCUCCGUGCUGCUUCUGCUGCUGGUCAGCAGCACACAAGCUACACAUUUUUAUGGCACAGUGAUGACCUACUACCCAAAGGACAAUGGAAAUGGAACGAUCACGGUAAUCCUCCGCUAUAAGCUGAGUUUCCACCAUUGCUCUGGCUCUUACACAUGGACCUGCACCUCCGGCUUUGACUGUGGUGUUUUGACCCAGUCCUUUUUAAGAGAGGUGGACAGGGAGAGCAACGGAGAGUGGUGUCAGCGUGAAGGACUUCUCCUAUCUUCCAACGAUUCCAGCAAUGCUCCAUUUCAGAUGCAGUUAGAUGGUGGCAACUGGAUAGAUAAUAUUGUCAAUGGUAUUCAGAAUUGGAAAGCUGUGACUGGGGUUGAGCUGAGAAACAGGUCGGACACUGGCAUGGCCAAUACAUCCCCACAGACCACCAUUCUACCAGCACUAAGAGUUCCGUCAAACUGUCAAAGAGAUUUUGACUUGUUGGCGUUUGAUCCUGAUGGAGAUGUGGUCAAGUGCAGAAAUGGUGCCGGAUCAGAGUGUGACCCCUGCACACCACCAUCUGUCCUCAGCCUCACAUCUUCCUCAUGUAAGCUGUCAUUUAGCCCGACCAACAGCAGCUCUGAGGGGCCUUAUGCAGUCCAGCUGAUGAUGGAAGACUUUCCCAGACAGAGUAUCACCCUGACUCAAACAAACGGUGAACAAGUGGUUAAAAGUACCAGUGAUGCCAUCAGCAAGAUACCAAUCCAGUUUGUUGUGAAAGUUGAUCCUGUCGCACCGUCUUGCACGGAAGGACACUUUCUGCCUAAAUUCUUGGCUCCAACCCCAGCCAACAGGGCUCAGCUCUACAUUCCCGUCAAUCAGGUGCUGGAGAUCCCCAUCAGAGCAGAGGCAGCUAACUCCGUGAUCUCUGAGCUUCUUUUCAGUGGACCGCACAAUGUCAACCAGAAUGACUUAGGCUCAGGAAACUUCUCUUUGACAUGGACGCCCUCUGAGCAGGAAGAUGGACAGAGCCACCCCAUCUGUUUUGUCAUCCAGGCAAACUCAAGCAGCCGCCUGUAUCACUCUGAGCUCCGAUGUCUCAUUGUGACAGUUGGUAACUUCACCUACAACUACCACAUCUCCGCCUACAACAACCACCUCUUCACCUACAACUACCACAGCUCCACCUACAACAACCACUGCUUCACCUACAACUACCACAGUUCUGCCUACAACUACCACAGCUUCACCUACAACCACCACCACCUCACCAACUACUACAGCUCCGCCUACAACAACCACUGCUUCAACUACAACUACCACAGUUCUGCCUACAACUACCACAUCUCCACCUACAACUACCACAUCUCCACCUGCAACUUCAGCAGCUAUCCUACCCAUGUGUAA